AUGCACCCCGGUGUAUUACAUCGAAGAUUCUUAAAUGAUCUGUCGACUUCGUUGUUCAGCUUUGUGCUGCCCCUCUUACCGACGAGCGAAGAGUUGAAUGUGAAAGAGGAAGUACGAGGUCUGAUUGAAAAAUUGAUCAAAACACUCGAACCUUCCGCACGUCUAUUGAGCUUUGGAAGUAGUUGUAAUUCAUUUGGGUUAAGGAAUUCAGAUAUGGAUCUGGUAGUAUUGAUCGAUGAUCCAAAUGCUACUAUCGAACCUGGAAAUUUCGUUGAAUCAAUGGCUUCUCUUCUCGAACGCGAAACAAAUUUUAAUGUCAAGCCCUUACCAAGAGCUAGAAUACCUAUACUGAAACUGGAAUUAGCCCCUUCACCUGCUUUGCCUUUUGGUAUCGCUUGUGAUAUUGGGAUUGAGAACAGGUUGGCUAUUGAAAAUACGAGGUUGUUGUUGACUUAUGCUACGAUUGAUCCUGCUCGAGUCAGGACAUUGGUGUUAUUCCUCAAAGUCUGGUCAAAGAGACGUAGGAUCAACUCACCAUACCGAGGUACAUUAUCUUCAUACGGUUUCACCCUUAUGGUACUCUAUUAUCUCGUGCAUGUCAAACAACCCCCGGUAUUACCGAACUUACAACGUAUCAUGCCCAUGAGACCGAUGGAAGAAGAGGAAGUCAUGCUCGAAGGUAGAAAUGUGUAUUUCUUUGAUGAUGUCGAAACCCUAAGGAGGGAAUGGAGUUCAGUCAAUUUCGAAAGUGUCGGAGAAUUGCUCAUCGACUUCUUCCGCUUCUUCUCACAUGAUUUCCAAUUUAAUAAUUCUGUGCUAUCGCUGCGAGCUGGUCAGUUGACGAAGGAGAGUAAAGGUUGGGUCAACGAUAUCGAUGUCGGAGGGUUGAACGAGAUGGCUAGAGACCGUAAUAGACUAUGUAUCGAGGAUCCAUUCGAGAUUACCUAUAAUGUUGCCAGAACGGUGACGAAAGAUGGAUUGUAUACGAUCCGAGGAGAAUUUAUGCGAGCCACUCGAAUCCUUACUCAACGACCGGAUCGAGCCGUCCUUGCUCUCGCUGAAUUAUGUAGAGAAAGAGACGACGACUUACAUAGAGCUCCAAGAUCCGCUUCUCCCGCUCCUCGAGCUUUGUCCGCCACUCGAGGGCAGUUUUCCAAUCCUCACGUAAACAACGGAUACCGAAGUCACUCUCAAGUUCCGUUUGAUCGAUUCGGUGGAGGACCUUUGCUUGAUGCACCUAACGCACGAAGAGGUCAACAGAACGAUGACGACUUCCCUGAGUACUCAGCCCAAGAUCUGUGGCUCCAGAGUCAAGGAUCGAAUCUUGGUGGUGUAGGAGGACUGGGAUUAGGAUUCGAUGAUCUUGGACUUAGUGAACGAGGUGGAAGAGGUAGAGACACGGGUACGAGGGGAUUGGAAACUCCCGGAGGUGCUUAUAGGGGAGCACCAACGUCUCGAAGAUCAGCAUCAGCAUAUGAAGGUGGGAAUGGCCCUACGUCAGGAACGAUAAGUGCUCCAUUGAGUCCUCAUCGAUUGUAUGCCCAACUGGAAUUAGGCAAGGGAUUACAACCUCACUCAUCAUCGGCAUCGGCUUCCGGUAACAAUCCUUCUUCUUCCUCUUCAAGUGCUUGGCCGGGGUAUGAUCCCAGAUUACAUGCUAGUCCAGGUAUGCCUAUGGACAGGAUAAGUGGACCUGGACCUUCUCGAAUCGGCACUCAAGUUGGUGGAAAUGGGAAUUCCAGAAGUCCCAAUUCUGCUCCACCCGCUCCCAAUGGUAGAUCACAGGGAUUACAAUUAGGUGGUGUAUCAAAAGGUCAUCUCGAUACUCUACCUGCGUUCAAACCAUUCGAUUCUACUCCUGCAACUUUGGUACCUCCUCCACCGGGUUCAGUGAAAUCUUCAAUCAAACCUCCCCCUUCAGUGAGACAAUCCCAAAGUUCAGCAGUCGCUCAAUCGAAUAGAAGUCUGACAAAGGCGAAAGAACAAGAUACGCCUGCGAAUUUCAUCUCGCCAAGCACGUUGCUAUCGCCUGCUAAUGAGAGCACCCCUCUACCGGGUGUGGGUGUGGAAAGCUUGACGAAUUCGUUUGGUCAACUUGGAGUCGGAGUUGGAGUCGGUGCACCCCCUCCCUCGGCCAAAAGUAUAGGCGGGGAUGGACCGAAGGUUGUAGGAGAGGGGAAUGAACAUCCUGAUCCUGCUACGGAGAAAUGA